GGGAGCGGCUACGAGUAGCACUCGAAAGGUGUAGUUUGUUAGAAGAAGAACUGGGGGCUACACACAAAGAGCUAAUGAUUCUUAAAGAACAGAAUAAUCAGAAGAAAACACUAACCGACGGAGUGCUUGACAUGAACCACGAACAAGAAAAUACUCCAAGCACAAAUGGAAAGAGAUCUUCCGACGGUUCUUUAAGCCACGAGGAAGACCUUGCCAAAGUCAUCGAGCUCCAGGAAAUCAUAGAUAAGCAGUCGAAGGAGCAGAGCCAGAUGAAGGAGCGCCUGGCCACUCUCUCUAGUCACGUGGCAGAGCUGGAGGAGGACCUGGACACCGCUAGGAAGGACCUCAUCAAGUCUGAGGAAGUGAACACGAAACUGCAGCGCGACGUUCGUGAAGCCAUGGCCCAGAAGGAAGACAUGGAAGAGAGGAUCACCACUCUUGAAAAACGCUACCUCGCGGCACAGCGCGAAGCCACCUCUGUGCAUGACCUCAAUGAUAAACUUGAAAAUGAGAUUGCAAAUAAAGACUCUAUGCAUCGGCAGACUGAGGAUAAAAACCGGCAGUUACAAGAGCGCCUGGAGCUGGCGGAGCAGAAGCUGCAGCAGACUUUGAGGAAGGCCGAGACGCUCCCCGAGGUGGAGGCCCAGCUGGCCCAGAGGGUGGCGGCGCUCUCCAAGUCUGACCUUUUGUCUUCUGGAAACUCUGCUGCUAAGGAAGCUAAACUGUUCGAACUCACUUCCCAGCUUAGGAAGGCCGAGGAGAGGCACGGCAACAUCGAGGAGAGGCUCCGCCAGAUGGAGGCGCAGUUGGAGGAGAAGAACCAGGAACUGCAGCGGGCAAGGCAGAGAGAAAAAAUGAAUGAAGAACAUAACAAGCGUUUAUCAGACACUGUUGACAAGCUUCUUUCUGAAUCCAAUGAGAGGCUUCAGCUUCAUCUUAAGGAGAGAAUGGCUGCUCUGGAAGACAAGAAUUCUCUAUUGAGAGAAGUUGAAACUGCGAAGAAGCAGUUGGAAGAAGCGCAACAUGAUAAG